AUGGAGGAAGUUCCGCAGCCAGGCGGCACCCCCCCGAACCCUGCUGGCUCUUGUCCACGCCCUCUCGAGAGCCAGGGUACAGGUUUCGGUCUCAUGUCUGCGCAGGCGCCUCUCCCGCCUCAGGGCGUCUCUACCGCUCCCCAGGAUUCUCCAGCAAGCGGCGGCCCCGUCCGGCCCGGAGGCCACCCCUCCGCCCACCUGCCGCCGCACUCUCUACAGUUCCUUCACUUGAAGCAAUUCCAUAAUGCACAACAUGCACAGAAUAUGCAGAAUGCACAGAAUGUGCAUCACCAGAUGCUUGAGGCAAACCGGAGUCGCGGGGCGCCUCUCUCAUCUCACAUCGGCGGGGUAACGGGGGCGAAGCCACAGACGGCGACGCCUCCUCAGCAGCAGCAGUUGCUGCUGCAGCAGCGCCACCAGUUACUUGUUCAGCAACGCGUUCAGCAGGACCAUCUUCGCUUUCAGCAGCUGCAGCAGCACCUCUUGGUUGCGGGCCAACACGCGGCUCGCGGCCAGGCUCAAGCGGCGCCUUCCUGGCCAGCCGCGCAGCCGCCUCACGGUGCGGCGGCACAACCCGCGGGUGUAGGUACACCCGGGAGCUUCGGUGCGAGCAUGGUUUCCGCGACAGGGUCGGGUCCAGGAGCUCCCCAGUUUCCGCGGCCGCUGCGUCCAGCUGGGCCUCCCGCGAUGACCUCUUCAGAGGCUCUUCAAACCGGCGCGCCGGCGUCCAGUUCUCUAGCCUCGGUUGAACCUGAGGCGGCAAGCCGAGUCCCAGGACCCGACGAUGUUCCAGGAUCGGGAACGGUUGAAGAGGCGCAGCGGACGCUGCCAACCGCCUCGGCGGUCGACUCUGCCGGCGGAGCUGCCCCCUCGGCGACGCCUCAGACAGCGGUGCUUCCUACCCAGACGGGUCCUGCGGAGGGGCGGUGUGGUGUUGUUGGGUUUCAGAUGGGGGGAGGAAAUGCCGGCGAGGUCCAAGUGGCGUCCGCGAUGCAGCGUCAGCGACAGCUUCUUCAGCACCAGCAGCUGCUGCAGUUUCAGCAGCAGACGCUCGCGCAGCAAAACCAAACGGCAGGGACUUCUCAGAGAGCCCCGAACGGGCCGAAUGGAGUGGGUCCGGGGCUGGGCUUUUUCGGCGGAGAGGCUCCAGCGGCGGCUCAGCCAGGGAUCCAAGGUGGAGCGCCUGCUUCUGUGUCUGCGAAUUCGUCUGGGAGUGCAUGCGCGACUCCUGGGAAUCCGCUUCUGCUCCAGCAGCAGCUGCUGCAACAGCAGCUCCUGCAGCAGCAGCAGCUUCAGCAGCAGAAUUCGUUUUUGACUCCGCACCAGCUGCUGCAGCUGCAACAGCUGCAACAGCUGCAACAGCGGCAGAAUAUGUAUUUGCGGCACCUGCAGGCGUCGACCUCGACAUCGACGCCCUAUGGCUUCCCGGGUGUCAUGACACCACCCACGGCUGCGGCCGCGGCAGCGGCCGCUCUCGCAGCGUCUGCGGCGAAGCCUGGGUCGAACGCUGCUUCGACGUCUACGGUGAAUGCCGGGCCGCAGUCGAGGCGGUCUGCGGCUGCGGCUGCGGCGUUGCGCAUGCGUCAAUUUGCAGCCGCAGAGAACGCAACGGACGAGGAGUUCUUCGACGUUGGCGCGGGGCGCAGCCAAGCGCGAAAGGUCGAAGCUGCCGCGAAGACUGGCGGGACGGCCUCACGGUCCAGACGGUCUCGACAGCAGGCCGGCGGUCGCGCGGCAGACGACGGGGACUACUACGCGUCUCACUCGAUUUCGAGGCAAAACAGUGGAAUCGGCGCAGGAAUGGAGACAGGCGGCGUGCAGCUGAGGCAGAGGCGGGCGACUGCGCGCUCGGGGAGGUACUCGGAGAUGUUGGGGGAAGACGAGGAGGAGGAGGAAGAGUUCUUCGAAGAGGAAGAUGACGACGACGAUGACGGCGCGCGGAGGCGCAGAAACCAGCAGAAAGCCGCCACUGCGAGCUGUCGAGCGCAGCAGCUGCGUGCUUCAGAUGCUCAGCAACAGACUGGAGGCGUCGACCGAGUUCUCGACAGCAGAGUCAAUGAAGACGGGGUCGAGGAAUUCUUUAUCAAGUGGCUAGGCCGGUCACACCUGCACAACUCGUGGAUGACGUACGAGGAGCUGAUGCCUCUUCUUGGCAUUAAGAAGGUCGACAACUUUAUCAAACGUCGCGAGAAGAGACAGCAAGCGGCACAGUGGAUGACUCCAGAUGAGUUGGAGCAGCAGGAGAUCGAGCGACAGAUGCAGCGACAGAUGGACGAGGACGCGCUGAUUGCAGAGAGACUGCUUUGCAAAUGGCAAGACCAGGCGACGGGGGAGUGGCUGUACAUCGUGAAGUGGAGAUCUUGUCCGUACGACCAGUGCACGCAGGAGACAGAGAAGGCUUUGUUGGAACACAACUUUGGUCACUUGAUGGAAGAAUUGGACGCGCGGACGGAGAGAAUCAAUCGCAAAGUCGCAGCGUCGAUGCAUCCGGGCGCGUUCCGACCCAUCACCGCAACGCCUUUCGAUCCUUACUUGGAGACGCCGUUUUAUAUGCGCAGAGAAGUCGCUCCAGACCCUGACAGUGUCGACGAAGACGAGGAUAAGACAGGGAUUUCAACGAACAGUGAUGAGGGGAAAGAGAAGCCUUCGGCCGACGUGACCAACGGCGCUGUUAAGCUGAAGAGCGAACAGGAGGGGGAGAAAGGAGAGCCGGGAGAGGAAAAGGCGGGCGAGUUUGCGGCAGGGUUAAAGGCGGAGAAGAAGGAGAACAGCGAGCAGUGUUUUGUAGGAGUUGAUGAGGCUGGAGUUUCGAAGGCUGGAGAUUCUGCCGGAUCUGAGACGGCGCAAGACAAGCCGCUACAGAAGAAGUUGCAGGUUUUGCGGGACUACCAGAUGUUUGGAGUGAACUGGAUUUUGUCGCGUUUGAAGCGCGGGGUGUCUGUGCUCCUCGCCGACGAAAUGGGGUUGGGCAAGACCGUUCAGACGAUUGGGGUGACGGGGCACCUGCUGUUUCGGGAGCAAUCCUUGAAACCGAUCUUGAUCUUCGCGCCGCAGUCGACCAUCGACAACUGGAUGCGCGAGUUCCAUCGCUGGCUGCCGCAGGCGAACGUGGUGUGUUUCCACGGGAACGCGUCGGCGCGAGAGAUCAUCAAGAACUAUGAGCUGCAGCGUGUCAGUCAGCAGCGGCCGUCUCCACCCGUCUUCAAGUUCGACGUCUGCGUGACGACUCCUAGCAUUCUGAACUGCGCAGCGGAUGCGGAGUAUCUGAAGCGGAUUCACUGGGGCUUGUUGGUCGUCGACGAAGCUCACCAGUUGAAGAACAUCAACAGCAAGCGAUUCAUCGAGUUGUCGCUCUUCCUCGUCGACCACAAACUCUUUCUCUCGGGAACGCCGUUGCACAACAACCUGGAGGAGCUAUGGAACCUUCUGCACUUUCUGAAUCCGAACAUCCACCGGGACUGCGCAGAGUUCAAAAGCAGAUACCACCUGGUGGAGAACCAUGCGGAGGUUGGCGAGCAGAAGACGAAGCAGCUCGCUGCGCUGCAGACGGAGCUGAACGGCUUCAUUCUGCGCCGCGUCAAGAAGGACGUCGAGAAGAGCAUGCCGAAGAAGGUCGAGAGCAUUCUCCGCGUCGAAAUGUCGCCUCUGCAACUCAAGUUCUACCGCCUGAUCUUGACCAAGAACUUCGACUUGCUCGCCAAGAAGGGCGGCGGCAACCGCAGCUCUCUCCAGAACAUUUGCAUGGAAUUGAAGAAAGUCUGCAACCACCCGUUUCUCUGUCAGUCGCCGGACGAGGAAGAAGACGCGGAAGAGUGGCGCAGACUUCUCGUCGACGGCAGCGCGAAGAUGGGACUGCUCGACAAGCUGCUCAAGCGCCUGAAGGAAAAAGGACACCGCGUCCUCAUCUUCUCGCAAAUGGUCAAAAUGCUCAACUUGCUUGCAGAGUUCCUCAAAAUGCGUGGAUACAAACACCAGAGGCUGGACGGCACGAUGGCGAAGGAAGUCAGGCGAAAAGCCAUGGAGCAUUUCAAUGCAAAGAACAGCGAAGACUUUUGCUUUCUUCUCUCCACCAAGGCAGGCGGUCUGGGCAUCAAUCUGACGAGCGCGGACACGGUUAUCAUCUUCGACUCUGAUUGGAAUCCGCAGAACGACUUGCAGGCAGAGGCGCGUGCUCACCGAAUUGGUCAGACGCGCACAGUCCAGAUUUACAGAUUGGUGACGAAGGACUCGAUUGAGCAAACAAUUUUGGAGAGAGCAAAGGCGAAGAUGGUCCUCGACACCCUCGUCGUUCAGGGUCUGAACCAGCGUAACGUAGACGGCGGCGCAGGCUUCGGCGCGGGGGGAUUGAGUUUAACGCGAGACGAUUUGUCAAGAAUUCUCAAGUUCGGCGCCUCGAAGCUGUGGAAGCAGAGUCAGCCGAAGGGCUGUGAAGAGCAGAAGGAAGAGAACGAGACAGAGGAGGCAGGCGAGGAGAAGGAGCAGAAAGAGGUGGACCUGGAUCUGAUUCUCGCAGAAGCCGAGGUCACUGUGACGGAGGCGGGAGCCGCAGGGUCGGGGGGGCUCGCGGACAGCCUUCUGAGCAGCUAUCAAAACAUUCAGGAGUUCAAGUACGAACCGACAGCGCCGGCGAAGUCCAAGGGGAGAGGCCGAGCCGCGGGGACGGUGGCGGGUGCAGAGGGCGACGAGAUGAACGACGCAGAGUUCUGGCGCAAGUGCAUUCCGGAGGAAGAGCGCCUUAAGAUGAAGAAGAACAAGGAAGAGGAGCUCAUCGUGUACGGGAAACGCAAGACAAGAAACAAUCUGUUCAUCGGGCAGUUUGACCCGUUCGGAUCCCCCACAGACUCCCACUUCGGCUCUGGAAACCUCUCGGAGCGCAGCAGACGCGAAGGCAAAAACGGAGAAUUCACCCAGGACGAGGGCUCCGAUGUCUCGGCUUCUGGGCCGUUCGGAGGCGCCUCGGCGUCUACUUCUUCGUCUGUUCUGGGGGAGAAAGAAGGAAUUUCUGCUCGCGAACGCAGAGGCGGCAGGGGGAGACAUCGAUGUGUGAGCCCUACCAGUCUCACAGACAAAGAACUUCACCGAUUGUACAGAGCGAUGCUGAAGUAUGGGUCGCCGUCGGUCAGGACAGACGACAUCAUUUUCGACGCGCGCCUCGAGCGCGUGGAGAAGGCUGUGGUGCUGAGCACCAGCCAACAUAUCAUGUCUCUCUGCCAGCAGCGGCUUGAAGAAGAGAUUGCGCGGCAAGCAAGCAGGGGAGGCAGACGCGCGCGACGAGCUCCAGCUGAGAGAGGCGAGGAAGAAGAAGAAGGACGAAUGAACGGAGAAGGUGGCGAGGAUGACGCAGACGAAGAGGACAAAGGAACUGCGAAGGAAGGUGGACGGCGAGAGUCUUCGUACUUCACGCGUCUGGGCGACACUCGCGUGAAUGCGUUUGACUUGGUGGAGCGUCAGCACCUGCUCUCGCUGCUUCACCGAGUCUUGUGCGAGCAAAACCCGCAAGUGUCUGAACCGUGGAAGCUACCUACUGGGCCGCUGCCGCUGCCGCGGGGAGGCCAAGCCAGUUCGUCUCUCGCGCAACGCGACCCCGACGAGGGAAAGGGAUCUCGAGAAGGUCGCGACAAGGAGGGUCAAGAGGCCUCGACGACUUCGGAGACUCUGCAGGCACCGGAGAAGGAAGAUGCAGCUUCGAAAGAAGAGAAACCUCGUAGAGAAGAAGACUCUCGCGACGGCGAAGAAGAAACUAAGGAAGGCGCCGGCGGCCGACACGCCACGGCGCGGAUCGAGCGCGUUAUUCGCGAAGAAGUUCACGGCCAGGGCUUCCUCAAGCUCGACUUGCCGUCGCGAGUUAUGUCUCGCCUGAAGAACUGGAGUGCCCGAGAUGUUCAAACGUGGGGUGAGGCUGAAGAUCGAAACCUCCUCAUCGGGGCGUACAAGUACGGCUUCGGCGCCUGGCUGGACGUCUGCAACGAUCCGAAUUUGGAGUUGCCGCAGAUUCGUCAGAUCAAGUUCGACAAGCUGAAAAUGCGAGCACUGCGGACUCUGAAGUUGCUGGAGCAAGACCUGCAACAAGAAGUGGGUAGGUGCAAGCGUCCUCGUUUACCCCAGCGUGGCAACCCUGAUCGCGGCGCUGGCACUCGCGGCGAUAGUCCCCCAGGUUUGUCGAGUUCGGUGUCUCCCAACCGAGGCGGAGAAGACGGCUUUCCGGACGACGACUGCUUGCGUGCGAAGUCUGAAAACGGUCGAGAGUCUGCGCCAGGCGAAGAUAGAGAAAGCCUGCGCGUGAACGCGCCUGGAGAGUCGCGCAAACGAACGGACGUGGGGAGAGACGAGGACGACGAUGACGAGGACGAAGACGACGACGAGAGACCGAAGAAACGAAAGAAGGCAGACAGGGGAGCAGACGAGGAAGGACGAAAGAAGAAGAAGAAGACAAAGGAGAUCGACACAGCAGGCCUGGCGACGCUACAAGGUGAAGAUCUUCGUCGCGCAUGCAAGAAGCUUUUGCGUAGCGUCAAAAAGAAGAUGAAAAAUUUGAAGAAGAUGAAGAAGGACGCACAAGAGGAGAUGGAGCUGGGCGCCGACGACCACGCGGCCUUGGACGGAUCGUCGUUGGAGCUCCUCAUGCCUUUGCUUCUUCCCAUCGGUGAAGCCAUCACUGGCAUUGUGAGGAGCCUGAAAGAUCAAGGCCAACCAGAAAGUCUAUGCAAACAUGUCGCUGGAGGAUGUUGGCAAUAUGUCGCCUCGUUGACAGCGUUCCCCGCGUCUCGGCUCAGUCAGGCGUACGAGGCGUCGAUUGGAAGUCAGCUGGGCCCCUUUCUUGGCGGCGGGGCUUCUCCGUCUUCGCUGCAAUCCUCCCACUCUUCUUACUCUUCGCACCACGGGGAGGGAGGUAGUCAGGUGUCGACUUCUGGAUUUCCUUCCUCGUUUCCACCUGCUGACGCAGGUUCAGGCGCCGUCUCUCUCCUUCCUUGCUCAGUCUCAGCGCAUGACGAGGCGGUCAGAAUGCAGCACUGUCUCGCACAGCCCCCCGACCACGGACUGCACGCAGAGGCGUCUCAGCCGUCUCUAUCGGGACGUCAACAAAGGACAACUGCUUCCGUGUCUUCCACUGUUGCCGAUCGAAAGGGACUUGACUCGACGCCCGGCGGAGUGUCCUCGUUCUCCACCGGAAACGUGGAGGGGACGCGAGAAGAGCCCCGCACUGCACAGGCUGAGUCUUCUCUCUCGCUCGAUGGGGGGGUAUCCUCUCUGGCGCCUUGUGAGUCUGAAAAUCGCGGCGAGAAGAAAGCGGGAGGCGCAGGAAACGAACAACUGGCGGGACAAGUGGAGGUGGACAACCAAGUGUUCGGUGAAGAAGGACGAAGUGGCGUUUCUCCCUCUCGGCUACUGUCGCCCUGCCGCAAUGCGGGGGCCGCCGGCUGUCCAGUCAGUGCAACUCCAGCCUUUGGCAAUAUCUCGAACGUCGCCCGCUCCAGCUGA